GAUUUAGCAUAACGCGGCCAACACUUUCACGAACUUCAUCUGGUCCCCUACGAAAGGCAUCUCCAGGCUCGCUGCGUCUUGGGGUGGAGCGGCUCUCAUCAGCGCCUUUUACUUCCUACACAUUCCCUGUUCUCGCCGUAUCCCACCCCCACCAUGUCCCAGGCGACACUAGACGGCAUUCUGAAUUUCCGCGACGUCGGGAAAACCGUGAAUCAGAAAUCCGGAUCUGCCUUUGUCAACGAAGGCUUGUUUUUCCGCAGUGCUCGUCCAGACGAUGCCUCUCCUGCCUCUCGAGAUGAAUUAGUGAAUAAAUACGGGAUUUCAAGCAUUAUAGAUCUAAGAACAAAGUCGGAACAUAUAAGACAAGCGCAGAAACGCGCGGCUACGGUCAAGGCCUCUGCCGCCUUGGCCCCAUCGGACGCAGCCGCCGCGGAAACAGUCGAGAUUCCCGGGAUUCGUUACCACCUGAUCAAUCUCAAUGGCAGAGGGUUCGAACGGAAUCUGCUUUGGCAGAUGUCUUGGGGAGGCAUGAGCAAACUUCUCACCCUGAUGCUAUUCGGAUACCGCAUUGAGGCUAUUGGUGUGCUUGGGCGAGAAGUGAUGCAGCAUCGCGGACUGAUUGGGCUGGGAUGCGACUCGAUCGACUACUGCCAGGCGGAGAUUAGUCAAGUCUUUGACGUUCUUGCGGAUCGGUCGAAUUAUCCACUCAUUGUGCAUUGCACGCAGGGAAAGGACCGUACGGGGUUGAUCAUUGCGCUGACACUUUUCCUCUUGGGAGUACCUAUUGAUGCGGUCAGCCAUGAUUACGUCCUUUCAGAGUCGGAAUUGCUUCCAGAGAGGGAAGAACGUUUGGUCGAGAUCCAUGAGAUUGGCCUGACUGAUGACUUUGCGGACUGUCCGCCUGACUGGGCGGAGAAGAUUCAUACGUACAUCGAUGACAAGUAUGGCAGCGUUGAGACGUAUCUGAAGGAUCAUGUGGGCGUCACUGAAGAGAAGUUGCAAAGUAUUAGAGAGAUCUUGGGUAUUAAGAGCGAGAACACUGCAUAACAGAAGGUAGGUUAUAAAUGAUAGAGCCAGCGUCAUAUGUGUAUAACCAGGGCUGCUAGGGGGCAUUAGAGGAGACACUCGCGGCCCAUACAGCUGGCAUGAUACCAUAGAACACGCAUCUGUUUUGAAUCAUGUAGAUAGAUAUUCCUAAUGAUAAUAGAGAGUUUGAUUGUAUCUAGAGCAAUAG